CCGCUGGCCCUGGGCUCCCAGUUUACACUUGAGCACCCGUGGCAGGCGGGGCCGGGAGCUGCGGUCCUCAGCCAGCGGGGGGUCUGCUCCUGAACCGCACUCUGCUCCAUCCAGACCAGCUCACCGUCUGCUCCCGGCCCGCCAGGACCUGCAUCGCCCGCAGCAAGAGCCGCAGCCCACUCUGCCAAGAUGUCGAAGGUAGCCAAGUAUCGCCGGCAGGUGAGCGAAGACCCCGAUAUCGACAGCCUGCUGUCCACCCUGUCUCCGGAGGAGAUGGAGGAGUUGGAGAAGGAGCUGGACGUGGUGGAUCCAGACGGGAGCAUCCCCGUGGGGCUGCUGCAGAGAAACCAGACGGAGAAACAGUCCACGGGCGCGUACAACCGGGAAGCCAUGCUCAACUUCUGUGAAAAGGAGACCAAGAAACUGAUUCAGAGGGAGACGUCCAUGGAUGAAAGCAAGCAAGCUGAGACCAAGACAGAUGCCAAGAACGGAGAGGAAAGGGGCAGAGAUGCCAGCAAAAAAACCCCAGGCCCCAAGCGGGACUCAGACCAGGGCAAGGAGCCAAAGAAGGGUGUCUUAAAGAAAAGUUUCUCCCGAGACAAAGAGGAAGCUGAUAGCAAGGGUGGUGACAAGCCCAAGGAGGAGAAGGUCAUCAGGGGCAUUGACAAGGGCCGGGUCAGGGCUGCAGUGGAUAAGAAAGAGGCGGGGAAGGCUGCGGGUGGAGAGGAGGGGACGGCGGCCAAAAGGAAGGGAGAGGAGAAGGUGAGUGACAGGAGCCCAGGUCUGAGCAGAGACAAGGAGAAGAGAGGGGAGGCCAAGGAGGCAAGCAAGAGGGAGGAGGACGAGAAGGCGAAAGGAGACAGGAGGAACACAGACACCAGGAAGCAGGAGGAGACGGUGAAAAGAGGAGCUGGGAACACAGAUCCGAAAAAGGAGGAUGAGAAGGUCAAAAAAGAUGAGUCCCUAAAGGGAAAGGAACCCAAAGAGGAGAGCAGGACCCCAACAGCCGAGAAACAGGCCCCCGAGGGGCCGGCCAAGACGGAGGAGGAGGCGGCUCCCAGCAUAUUCGACGAGCCUCUGGAGAAAGUGAAGAACAACGACCCCGAGAUGACCGAGGUGAACGUCAACAACUCAGACUGUAUCACCAACGAGAUCUUGGUGCGCUUCACCGAGGCCCUGGAGUUCAACACCGUGGUCAAGGUGUUCGCCUUGGCCAACACCCGCGCCGACGACCACGUGGCCUUCGCCAUUGCCAUCAUGCUCAAGGCCAACAAGACGAUCACCAGCCUGAACCUGGACUCCAACCACAUCACAGGCAAAGGCAUCCUGGCCAUCUUCCGGGCCCUGCUCCAGAACAACACGCUGACGGAGCUCCGCUUCCACAACCAGAGACACAUCUGCGGCGGCAAGACCGAGAUGGAGAUCGCCAAGCUGCUCAAGGAGAACACCACGCUGCUCAAGCUGGGCUACCACUUCGAGCUGGCCGGGCCGCGCAUGACCGUCACCAACCUGCUCAGCCGCAACAUGGACAAGCAGCGGCAGAAGCGGCUGCAGGAGCAGCGGCAGGCGCAGGAGGCCAGCGGAGAGAAGAAGGGUCUGCUGGAGGUGCCCAAGGUGGGGGCCGUGGCCAAGGGCUCCCCGACACCCUCACCCCAGCCAUCUCCAAAGGCCUCUCCCAAGAACUCGCCCAAGAAAGGGGGCGCUCCAGCCGCCCCGCCUCCACCUCCACCUCCCUUGGCCCCACCCCUCAUCAUGGAGAACCUGAAGAACUCACUCUCGCCAGCUACCCAGAGGAAGAUGGGGGACAGAGUCCUCCCCGCCCAGGAGAAGAACUCCCGUGACCAGCUCCUGGCUGCCAUCCGCUCCAGCAACCUCAAGCAGCUCAAGAAGGUGGAGGUUCCCAAGCUGCUUCAGUAGGACCAGGCUGCCAGGCCCCGUCCGCCCACCCGGGACUGCCCAGGCCCGGCCUCCCAGGCUGCACAGACCCCGCCCACCCCACGCCGGCUGACCUGCUGUGACUGUCCUCAUUCUGCCGUGGGAGAGCUCGAGGCCUGGGCCACGCUCAAGGAAGGACGCCUUAUCUCCUCUCACUUUCCUUUUCUUGUCUCUGAGGCUCUCCGAAAACUUCUUUUUGUACAUGGAGCUGUGGUUUCUGGACAAGGAGAGUCCUUUAGCACGUCACUGAGAAGGCGGCGUGCCCGGGGCCCGUGGAGCUGGCCAGCUGCAGAAGGCCUGGGAUCCAGGAGAGAUGUCCCUCAGCCUGGCCCUCAAUCCCACUGCCCUCCAGGGCCAGGAUCCAGGCCUCUGAGGAGCCCUCGAGGCACAGCUGCCGGGCCAGGGGCACUCUGUGUGGGGCGAUGAUGAUUGACAGGGCAUGAGGGCCCAAGGGAGAGGGAGGGGGGCUGAGGGUCCCCCCAAACCCCUCCUGGGCCAAUCAGAGGACUCGGCAGGGGUGGCGGGCCUGGAUGGACAGUGCCUGGCAGGGAGGGGGCUCCGGAUGGGGGAGAGGGACAGACAGCAGCUGGACCUGACGGUUUGAUGCCAAAGCGGAAGUUUGCCUCACAUCCACCUGCUGUUGUAUAAAUAGCUGUGUAUCUGUUUUUCCAUAAGAUUUUGAUAAUAUAUACAAGCCUCUAGCCGUGAA